UCGUUACUUUGAUCCGAUUAAUGCAGGGAGCACCGGGAGUGUCGUUCUCACACAAACUCUGGAAUUCAUGUGGGGUGGGUGCUAUCAGAGGUUUUUUUAAACUAUAACUACCAGGCGGAGGCGUUGUGUGGUAUAAACAAAGAGAAGAUGCACUAUUACAGAUAUGAAAAUGCAGAGGUCAGCUGUUUCUACAAAUACCUUAUGUUCAGCUACAACAUUAUCUUUUGGCUAGCUGGAACAGCAUUCAUUGCAAUUGGCUUCUGGGCCUGGAGUGAAAAGGGUGUUUUAUCAGAUCUGACACAAGUUACACGUCUUCAUGGUUUUGACCCAGUUUGGGGGGUGCUUGUUGUGGGCACAGUCACUUUCGUUUUGGGAUUUGCUGGGUGUGUAGGAGCUCUCAGGGAAAACAUCUGCCUCCUCAAGUUUUUCUCUGGAGUCAUUGGCUUCAUCUUUUUCCUGGAGUUGACGGCUGUGGUGUUAGCAUUUGUGUUCCAGGGCCAAGUUAGGGAGUGGCUCAAUGAUUUCUACUUGGCUAAUGUGAAGGCCUACAGGGACGACAUUGACUUGCAGAACCUGAUCGACUCUCUCCAGAAACUGAAUCAUUGCUGUGGAGCUAAAGACCCCAACGACUGGAAUCUAAAUGUGUAUUUUAACUGCUCAAUGAGUAACCCCAGCAGAGAGAAAUGUGGAGUGCCCUUUUCCUGCUGCAUCAGCGACCCUGCUGAUACAGUGGUGAACACGCAGUGUGGAUAUGAUGUUAGAGCCUCUGGCACACCGUCACAAUGGAGCAACACCAUUUAUGUCAAAGGAUGCAUGAUUGCUUUGGAGGAGUGGCUUCCACGCAAUCUCUACAUUGUGGCUGGAGUCUUCAUAGUAAUAUCAUUGCUACAGAUGGUGGGAAUCUUCUUUGCGAGGACGUUGAUUGGAGACAUUGAAAAAGUCAAGUUUAAUUAUUACUAAGCUCGCAUUACUGAAAGGGAGCGGAGGGCAAUGUUGGAAAGACGUGGACCUCCUGUUAUUCUUCUGCAUCUCCUUUUGUGGAGAAGAGGACUGUGGACAAUUCACUGGACCACCUUUUCAGAAAUUCUAUAAACCACAUGUUAAAUACGCAGCUGCCUAAGUUUACCUGGAUACCGUCACGUGUGCCUUGUCUCUUCAAGUUUACUUCUGGCCCACUCCCUAUAAGAUUUUUUUUUUUUUUAUAGGACUACCAUUAACCAAACAUUUGUAUUUUUGAGACCACUAUUAACCAAGCUGGGUGUACUUUGUGGCAACAUAACCUGUAAACUAACCUGAAAUGUAAUUGUAAUGAUGAGAAGUCAUCAACCCAGCUUUGAUUCCUGAAAUGUAUCUAUGUGGUCCUGUUGCACACAGUCCAAAAUCUUAUGUGUACUCUUUUCCUUUGGGAAACUAAAUUUAAGAAUUAGUACACUAACUAGAACAAAUUUAGGAUGUUUUUAGAAGCAUGUUUAUUUUUCCUUAGAUAAAAACCUGCAAAAGUUAAGAUAAAAAAAAAAAGAAUAAAAGAUUGACAGGUUUAUAGUAAAACCGUAUAAUGAAAGAGAAAAAAAAUAUGCUGUUUCAACUACAGUAAAUACAUAUCCUUAAAGUUUGUUGAGUUUAGUUGUAUUUGUAACAAUAUUUUUGCAGUCAGAAGUUCUGCAUUUAAUGUCAACUAUAAAGAGUACAGAAGAAAAAUAUCAAGAUCUGACUCUAACUACUCGCAUGUAAAUGGAACAUAAUUGAGAAUGCAGUUGGGUUUCAAAUGCCAGCGGGUCUAAAAGAAAAGUGAGCUGAUAUAUUUGGUCCUGCGUGAUAGAGGUAAGAUGCGUCAGUAUACGUUAUAUGCUCUUGUGUGUCCAUUCUGUUAUCUAAAUGACUUGCAUUUAAGAGUCACUUGAGUCACAAGAGUCACGGCUUAUAAAAAGAUGUCAACAUUGCCUAGAGAUGCCAACAUUUACCUCCUUUUUCUACUCUUACUUGGUGAAUUUAUACAAAAAUGCAGAUUGUGCCUUUUCUCUGGCAUUGAAGAUUUCAUAAAAUGUUUUGUACCGUGUUUAAGCUGGAUAGAAUCAAACUUAUGAGUGUUCAAAGAAAAUGUACUUUUUUGUAUUUUCAAAUGAAAAUUUUAAUGCCAUUUAAGCACAAAUUACUUAAAAUAUGUAAUAUUAACAAUAUAACAUUAACAUGUCUUCACACAACACAAAACACAAUAUGCAUUCUGACAUAAAUGCAAACACCUUUUCUAUAGCCCAAAGACUUCUUUUUACAGUUCUAUCAUAUUAUACUUAUAUGUGACCUCUGAAAUUCUCAUCAAUGCAAAAAGGAAAUUAUUUAAAAAAAAAAAAGAAAAAGAAAGAAAGCAUUUAGUUAAUCUUUUUAAUUCAGAGUGCACUAUUUUGUCCCUUUUUUUGGAGUGUGUCUGUGCCACUGUGUAAUGUUAAAGCUCAAUUGAGUAUUUACUAAAAUGCAGUACAGUUUCCCUGAUCUUGCUGCAAGAGCCAUUUUUGUGAAGGGAGGUUUUCUGUGUUGAAUUUAGAUGUCAUUUGUUGUUGAAUAUUUGUUAUCUUUGUAAAUAUUUUCUGAAUUCUUUUCACAAUUUUUAUAUUCAAUAAUAAUAAUAAAAAAGUCAGCAGCAA